CCAGCCUAGAAUGAUAUAGCCAAAGUUCUAUGCAAAAUCAUUUAUACAAAAAUUGGUAAAAUUCCAAUUUCUCAAACAACGGAAAGAUAAAACUCCAAAAUUUAGAUAUGGUGAAGAAUCACUUUGUGUUGAUUCAUGGAGCUGGCUAUGGUGCAUGGUGUUGGUACAAAGUUUCAACUCUUCUAAAAUCAGUUGGUCAUGAUGUUACAUCUUUGGACUUGGCUGCUUCUGGCAUCAACACAAAGCAAGUCCAAGAUAUUUCUUCAAUAUUGGAUUACAAUGAACCUUUGAUGACAUUCAUGGAGUCUCUUCCUUCAGAUGAAAAAGUGAUUCUUGUUGGUCACAGUUUUGGUGGAAUCAACAUUUCCAUGGCCAUGGAAAGGUUCCCUCACAAAAUCUCUGUUGCAGUUUUUGUUGCUGCUUUUGUUAUAAGUGAAGAUCUCACUUACCCCCAUAUUGUUCAAGAGCUUGUGAGAAGAAGAGAUGGAAAAAAGGAUUGGUCGAUGGACACAAAACGUUUGUUCUUUAAUGGAAAUAAUAACCCUCCAACAGCUUUACUAUUUGGACCCAAAUAUAUGGAAUCUCAAAUGUUCCAAUUAUCACCACUUGAGGAUUUGACGCUUUCAUUAUCGUUGGUAAGACCUUUUCCUCUCUUCAACAAUGAAGAAUUAUUUGCGAAAGAAUCAAAAGUUAGCAAGGACAAAAAUGGAAGUGUGGCUAAAGUGUUCAUUAUCACCAAAGAAGACAUAUCAUUGAUAGAUGAUUUACAAAUGUGGAUGAUUGAGAGAAGUGGUCCAUAUGUUGAAGUGAGUGUGAUAAAUGAUUCGGAUCAUAUGGCCAUGUUUUCCAAACCAAAAGAACUUAGCUCUCUGUUACAACAGAUUGCAGACAAAUAUUAAUUUUUAUAUUUUUGUGUGUAGUUUUAACUUUUUUAUUCGAAAAAGAUAAUAUUAUCAUCCAUAAAUGGGAGUUCAAAUUUGCAAUAUUCUAUUUGAACCAA